AUGGGGAGAGAAAUGUUUAGUGUGUUUCUGGUAUUGAUCGUCGCUGACUACACGACAGGAAGAGUUAUCAAUACCAAGGACAGGUGUAGUGCAAAGGCUGAUGUGGUUUUCCUUAUUCCGAGGACUGCCAACAAUGGUACAACAGCUGAUUUCGAAGAGUUCACUCCCCUUGAAGAGUUCGUUAUCAAAGUUAUGAAUUAUUUAGAUAUUCGAGAGUCUGCUUACAAUGUUGGUCUUGUGAUGUAUCGCAGAAUGAGUGUUGUGAUGACGCAUCUUCGUCCGUACCGGAACCGGAAGUUGCUGAACACGGCAGUUUCACUUAUGUCAAAUACAAGAAGAUUUAAGAAAGAACUUACCGGUGACGUGAAUGUUACAAAUGUUCUGGAAACAAUGACGGAUAUGUUUACCAAAAAAUUACAGCGACCAAACUUUGAUCCAUUGUACACUGUUCCAAAAAUCGGUGUUUUGAUUUUAAAAAAUGACAGCUUGAUAAAUGAUACAGAAACUGUAAAUAUGGCGGCGGAAUUGCGACAAAGAGGGAUAACUCUGUACGUUGUCUUUGAGGGAAUGUUUGGAGCUGAAUUUGCAUUAACAGUUGGAACGGAUGUGUGUAAGGUGUACAACGUAGACGACUUGGGCGCAGACCUAGACCGGAUAUUGCCUUAUUUGGGUAACAGUCUUUGUGGAGUUACUGACAACGAUAUGUCCAAUGUCACGGGGCCAGACACAGCAGGUAACUGUAGAUCAGAAAUUUUCUACAAGCCAUCCGAACGUCAACAGAAUAUUACAUGUGACGAAAUCUAUAUCAACGAGUUGAAAGCAGAUGAGGACAAUUGUGCCUAUUUCUUUCGAUGUAAUGGAAUUGUUCCGGAAAGACUGCGUUGCUAUGCCGGUGACGUAUUCGACGGGUCAACGCAGACUUGUAACCAUAGAAACUCAGUGACAUGUUAUUCUCAGCUGAUAUGUCCCCGGCCGACGGGUUUAUUCCCGUACCCAGGGGAAUGUCACCGUUUCCUCAACUGUUACGAGGGUAUGCCGUACGUACAGAGAUGCCCGCUUGGACUUGUCUUUGAUCCGAACAAAAAACGAUGUUUGCAUCCGAGUGAAACGUCUUGUCAAUAUUAG